GAGCUCUGAUACGGUCUGAUGCAGAAAUGCUUUUCCAACAGGGCGCAGCGUCUACUCAGCUAGGCUAGCUUUCCUGGAUUGUGGAAAAAAAGAAAAUAUUUCGCGGCAGACUGGAAAGGACCGUUGACAUCCGUUGUGAGCAUCCUUUUUUCGAGACGCUUCCAUCCAUUGUAUUUAAGAGGGAGAUAAGAAGAGCUGGCCAUCAGCAGUCAGGUCAACAGAACAUCUGCCCAGCUAGUUCUCAGCUUUGAUGCAGAACAGUCCCCCCAGGUCAAGAUGACUGAAGAGGUGAUUGUCAUCGCCAAGUUUGACUACAUGGCUCAACAGGACCAGGAGCUAGACAUCAAGAAAAACGAGCGCCUCUGGCUACUCGACGACUCCAAAUCCUGGUGGAGGGUCCGCAAUGCCACCAACAAAACCGGCUUUGUCCCGUCCAACUAUGUGGAGAGGAAAAACAGCGCCAGGAAGGCCUCCAUUGUCAAGAACCUGAAAGACACGCUCGGAAUUGGGAAGGUGAAGAACAGGAAGGGAGGGAUGAGAGACACCGCUUCAAAUGCCGACACAGAUCUGAGCACAGAUAACGGCGAGAGGCUGUACGACCUCAACGUGCCCGCCUUUGUCAAGUUCCACUAUUCGGCGGAGCGUGACGACGAGCUGUCCCUCGUGAAAGGCACACGGGUGGUGGUGAUGGAGAAGUGCAGUGACGGCUGGUGGCGGGGCAGCUACAACGGACGCUCUGGCUGGUUCCCUUCUAACUACGUGACAGAGGAUGUAGAUGGGACGGCGGGAGGAGGUGGCAUGGGCGGAUUUGGAGAUCCGGCUGCCGGAUCGCUGACUGAUCAGGUGGUCACUGUGGUGAGCAGCAGCGCAAACGGAAACAGGGUGCUGCACACAGUUCAAGCUCUCUACCCGUUCGAAUCUGGCAACGACGAGGAACUGAACUUUGAACGGGGCGAGGUAAUGGAAGUCAUAGAGAAGCCAGAGAACGACCCGGAGUGGUGGAAGUGCCGCAAAGCAGACGGACAGUUGGGCCUGGUGCCUAAGAACUACGUCACUGUGCUUGACUCCAGCUCCCAUAAGUCCACAGGGGGGCCGGCCGGGCCUCCAACACCUGACUGUGACUACAUCUCUCCCUCAGGCAGCGGGCGCUUCGCUGGGAAGGAGUGGUACUAUGGAAAGGUGACGCGCCAUCAGGCUGAGGUGGCUCUAAAUCAGAGAGGCACGGAGGGAGACUUCCUCAUCCGAGACAGCGAGUCAUCGCCGAACGACUUCUCCAUUUCCCUGAAGGCGCAGAGCAAGAACAAGCAUUUCAAAGUUCAGCUCAAGGAGAACCUUUACUGCAUCGGACAGCGCAAAUUCAACUCUAUGGAGGAGCUUGUUGAACACUACAAAAAGGCUCCCAUCUUUACCAGUGAGCAGGGAGACAAACUGUACCUGAUCAAAGCCCUGGCUGCCUCCUGAUCCCACCCUUAAACACAAACAGAUUAAUGGCUUCCAUAUAGAAAAAAAACUGAUCCUUACACCAGAACACACACUAACAUUUCAGCUCCAAGCCUGAAGACUUAACACAUCAUCAGGACUUAAAUGGCCGCUUUGUGAGCAUUCCAAGAGGAGAUAUGGAAAAAGCAUGGGAGAGACAUUGAGAGGGCUGGAGAAAAGAGUUGCAUAUCCUCAGAGUUGACUACAGACCUCCUGGUCGCAUUUUUAAAUUAUCCACAUGUUAGCUCAUAGGCAACGGCAUGUAUUUUCACCCUUGGUAUCUAUUAGGGUUUCAUUUAGAUUUCUUUAUGUUGAUAAUAUAUAAUCUUUGCUUUAACAGUUUCCUUUAAAGAUGUGAUUUUCAUUUUUUUGUACUUAUUUUUUUUUUUUUUUUUAAACACACGACAUAUUGAGAUAUUUUAAGAUGAAAACGUACUCAGAGCCAUGCCUAAAGGUCUUACAAGUUGACUCCCUUUGUUUGUCUUACAGCCUUUUUUUUCGUGAAUGUGGACAAUAAUCCACAACUUCAGCUAAUAAGUGAUAAAAAAAUCAAGUGACCAAACUAUAUUUAUUUAGAUUUGUUAGGAUCCGUGUUGUUAAGUUGAAAUAGUAAAAUGCAUCUUUCUUUUUUCUCUAUUCCUUGUGCAAAUAGGCUUUUUAUUUUCAGUACAAUAGAAGUGCUUGUGCCACAUUUUGCUGUAUCCACAUCAUGUGAAUGUUACAAAGAGGAGGAAAAUUACACGGCCAAUCUCAUGAUGCUAACAAGUGGGAUAGGGUAAAACCAAACAUCCUUUUAUCUUCCAUUAAAUUGCCUUUUCCUGACUGAUAACAGGUUGGGGUGUUCUGAGCAAGGAUCCUUUCUGAUUUUAUUUUAUUUUUUAUUUUCAAAGGACUAAACAUGUGUGACGGGGAAAAAAAAAAAGAAAUGUGUGCAGGUUUUCAAUCCAGUUGCUGAUGAAGGAAUUCUACGAUUAUCCCCAUUUAUGGACCGAAGUCCACGUCCCUAAGCUAUUAUCUGAUUUUCCUGUCUCUAAACUAAAAGAAAGUCCAUCAGAGUACAUGUUGGUGUUUUCUGUAGAAUGAAAACGAUGGCUGCUCUUAUUUUGAUGACUUUAAAUAUCAAAAGAGAUUUUUCUUUUUAAGCAUUUGAUCUCCUGAUCAAACAAAAACUGGCUGCUUUAGUUUGGUUGAUUGCUGCCUCUACUUAACCAGAAAUCCAGUGACCAUCAUCUGUUUUUUCAUAAAUUAAUCUUUGUCAAAAAAAGUGCAUUAAAGCACUUUCUUUUGUUCUGUGGUCUUAUAAAGUGAAAAUCUUGGUUGAAAAGUAUUUAACAAAUAUUGAGGAAUCCUACUUCCCUUGGAUAAAAAUCGACAGAAUUGAUCUCUUGGUAUUGGGAGUAUCUUUGCAUCUAAUGAUUAACUUUGGAGCAGUGGAGACUUUUUUUUUUUUUUUUGAAGUCAGGAAAAUCUAUAAAUCCAGUUCUGGAGAAAAGAGGAAGUGGAGGACCAGUCCUGGCUGCCAAGAGCAUGAUGUCACUGCUCCUGAAUAAGUGAUUACUUGAGCUAAUAGAGGGUCACCAGGGGGUCAAGUGUACGUACUUGCAAAACAUGUACAUCAUACAAGAAAACGAGCCAUUCCUUAAGGAGGAGGUAAAAACCCACCUUUUUUUACACAGCGGGGAUCUGGAGGGAAUGGGUUUUUCACUAGAAGGGGAGAAGGUAGAGUUGAAUGUUGAAGGGAAGCAAUCUAAGCUACAGCAGGAGUGCUGGCAGGAAGCCACUCCAGCCGGGGGAUGUUGACGACGACGACGAUGAUGAUGACCAUCGCAAAGCUUGCGAUGAUGAGUUCUGCAGCUGGUUGGACCCGGGCACAAAAAGAAGACGAGGGAAGGAAAAAUAGAUUAAGGAAUUGGAGAGCAUGUUUUUACUGUUCCACCACACCCAAUUAUUCAUGUGCAACUGGGCGCGUAGAAGGCUUUUUGAUGAGAGACUCUAAAGUGAUUGACAGAAGUAGACAUGCUCCAAUUGGAAUCGCUGAAUCCUGGUUUCUACAAGCUUUGACCUAAUAUCAAUUUUACCCCAAAAAAAUAGUUUUCUUUACAAACCCUGUUAAAGAAAUAUUUAAAAAA